AUGGACCACGAUCACUUGGCUGCGCAGCCUCACCCCGACGACACCAUCGGUGCCUUCGAUGCCUCUCCCCAGGUGGCCCAGAACAACGGCUACGACCACCCAGAGCCCCAGCGACACCACACAAGUCAGUCCCUCGAUCAUGGCCUCCCACAAUCCCCGCGACCCGAAGAGCAGCACUCGGAUCGGUACAACACACCACCACUUCCCAUGAACGCCCCGUCCAUCUCAAGGCCUGCUUCUGGACUCUCCGGCGCCGGCGCGCAACAAGGCUACGCCGACCAUGCGUCGCGCAGCAGCGCCGGUGCGGAAGCCGCCGCCAGCAACGGUCGCAACCACGUCGUCAUCAAGGUCGGCAUGGUGGGCGAUGCGCAAAUCGGCAAGACCAGUCUCAUGGUCAAGUACGUCGAAGGAAGCUGGGACGAGGACUACAUCCAGACGCUAGGCGUCAACUUUAUGGAGAAGACCAUUUCCAUCCGGAAUACGGAAAUCACCUUUUCCAUUUGGGAUUUGGGCGGCCAGCGCGAGUUUGUCAACAUGCUUCCGCUGGUCUGCAACGACGCCGUCGCCAUUCUCUUCAUGUUUGAUCUGACACGGAAGAGCACCCUCAACAGCAUCAAGGAGUGGUACAGGCAAGGCAGGGGCUUCAACAAGACGGCCAUCCCCAUCUUGGUCGGCACCAAGUAUGACCACUUUGUCAACUUUCCGCGAGAGGACCAAGAAGAGAUCUCGAACCAGGCAAUGCGCGCUGCGUUGAUCUUCUCUAGCACGAGCCAUAGUAUCAACGUGCAAAAGAUCUUCAAGAUUGUGCUGUCCAAAGCCUUCGACCUCAAGUGCACCAUUCCCGAAAUCGAAAACGUCGGAGAGCCGCUACUCCUGUAUCAGUCCUGCUGA